AUGCGACCGUGCAGCAGGAGACUGAUAUGUGCUCAAGGCCUGAUAGCAAAAGACAAAACGGGUAAAAGUGAUCCAUAUGUGACGGCGCAGGUCGGCAAGGUGAAAAAGCGGACGCGCACAAUACAUCAGGAAUUAAAUCCGGUCUGGAAUGAAAAGUUUUUUUUUGAGUGCCACAAUUCAACGGAUCGAAUCAAAAUUCGUGUUUGGGACGAAGACAAUGAUUUAAAGAGUAAAUUGAGGCAAAAACUGACAAGAGAAUCGGACGAUUUCUUGGGUCAGGCAAUCAUUGAAGUGAGAACUUUGAGCGGCGAAAUGGAUGUAUGGUACAACCUAGAGAAGCGAACGGACAAAUCAGCAGUGAGCGGCGCCAUUCGGUUGCACAUUAAUGUAGAAAUCAAGGGUGAGGAGAAGCUCGCGCCGUAUCACAUCCAGUACACCUGUCUCCAUGAACAUUUAUUCCAGGUCAGCUUUCCUACUACUGUCCUGUUCAUUUUUCAUGCAUAUUUUUAA